AUGCCUUUUGGGAAGAUAAAGCUGAAUGAUGGAAAUGAGAUUCCAAGCAUUGCAUUUGGCACGGGUUCGUCAAUGAAGGGCAAGGAUGUGACGGAAUAUGUAGAGCAGGCAAUUGAGAAAGGCUUCUCACACAUUGACACAGCCCAAUAUUACCAAACCGAGCCGUACGUUGGGAAAGCCAUUCGUGAAGAGGGUCUUCGACGAGACGAACUCUUUAUCACGACAAAGUUCGGAUUCGGGAAAGUCAGCGAGGUAUUUCAGAACAGCCUCAAACAACUCAGUCUCAAGCAAGUAGAUUUAUACUUGAUCCACUCUCCAAGUGCCAUCGAAGGUACAAUAGAGAAUACUUGGCGCGAAUUCGAGAAAAUCAAAGAUGCCGGACUAGCAAAGAGUAUCGGGGUUAGCAACUUUUCCGUGCAACAGCUAAAGGAUCUUCAGAAAGUGGCAAAAAUCCAACCUGCCGUCAAUCAGAUUCGCUUCCACCCAUACAACUGGGAAGAAAAUAAAGAACUGGUGGAAUACGCAGCGCAGCAAGGAAUCGUCAUUGAAGCAUAUAGUUCUCUCACGCCCAUCACUCAACAGCCUGGUGGACCAGUGGAUCCUGUCCUCAAGACAAUCGGUAAGCGACUUGGUGCCACUCCAGCGCAGGUCAUUUUUGCAUGGGUGAAGAGUAAAGGGGCUGUCAUUGUCACCACGACGAGCAAGAAGGAACGCCUCGAUGAAUAUCUUGCUGUGGGUGACCUGCCCGAGCUCUCAGAAGCAGAGAUUGCUGCCAUUGAAGAGGCAGGCGCACAGGGUGGACAGAGAGUAUCGAUGAACAGGCGGCGAUUUCUAGCAGUGGUUGCUGGAGGUGCAUUUUUCUAUGGCGUACGUUGGUUGUUGAGAGCUUGA